CUAAAGCUGAAUAAGAACAAAAGUAAUACAUAUUUGUUAUCCAUCCACCGCUCUCUGGAUCCGGCUCGAAGCUUCAAUUUUCUGCGAAGCAAACUGUCGCGGGACGAUAGAGGAGGCAACGGAGAAGAGAUAAAGGCUCCAAUUGGCUUAUCAUAGAUGGAGCAGGGGAACCAGGGAGUGGUAGUUAAAUUGAGCCCUCCACAGAACCCAUUGGAGCAGGUUCAGGCUCGUUUCAAGGAACUUGAAAAUGGGUUCAGAACAUGGUUGGCCAAGCAGUCUCUCCCCGUUGAGGCCGCUGUUGUCACCGCCACCAGCGCCGCACAGGGCGCUGCUAUUGGUGGCUUUAUGGGCGUUCUCACCAACGACGUUUCUUCGUCUCUGCCCACUCCUCAAGCCGGCCUCAACCCUCAAGCCAUGGCCUCUUUCAAGCAGGCACAGGCUCUUGCUGGAGGUCCCUUGGUGCAAGCUCGCAACUUCGCUGUGAUGACCGGUGUUAAUGCAGGCAUAUCUUCUGUUAUGAAGAGAUUGAGAGGCAAGGAGGAUGUUCAGUCAAGCAUGGUGGCUGCUUUUGGAUCUGGGGCCAUGUUUUCAUUGGUGAGCGGAAUGGGAGGCCCGAAUCAGGUGGCAAACGCCGUCACCUCGGGUCUUUUUUUCUCGCUCGUUCAAGGUGGACUUUUCAAGUUAGGGGAAAAGUAUUCUAAGCCACCUGCGGAAGACGUGUUCUACGCUAAAACACGAAGCAUGUUGAGUAACCUUGGCCUACAGAGCUAUGAGAAGAAUUUCAAGAAAGGGUUAUUGACUGAUAGCACAUUGCCUCUGCUCACUGAUAGUGCGCUUAGAGACGUUAAGAUCCCCCCGGGACCGAGGCUUUUGAUUCUUGAUCACAUUCAGAGGAACGCCGAGCUACGAGAGAGAUGAAGCGGGUUUAGUGAGCAGCUUGUCCCAAGAACUCUUUGUAGGUGAACUUGAGGAGGUAGGGAAGUGGUUAGUUCAUCUUGAAUAGGAAGAAUAUGUUUGAUAAAUAGGACUUUUUUGUCGUUUGAAUUUGCACCAAAUGCACCUUUGAUUUGAUUGUUGUUGUGGAUGGCUGAACCAUGGCUUUGUUUAUUAAUGAAUGAUGGAACAACUUGGUUUGGUUGGCAUA